AUGCUUAUUCGAAUCCAGCAGAGAUCCUGUUGAAGCAAUUGAGUCCGAUUGUAAGCGUCAGUUACGAAAAAGUGUGUACAGAUCUCCAUUACAGUUGUUGAUUGAUGAGCUAGAAGAUGAAGUUCAUGUUAAAAGUGUGGAAUUUGAAAGCGCUAAAGAACACCUCAAGUCUUUGGAGAAAAAGUUCACCAAUCCAAAUAUAAAGAUUGACAAAACUAAAUCUCAGUGUGGACAGUGUCACAUGAGACUAGGACAUACGAAGCGGAAUUGCGAACUUGGAGUUUGCGAAGGUCCACAGAUGUGUAAUGAUCUUGACAAGCACGAUGUUGAGAAAAAGCAGUUUUACGACGCAUCCACAACAGUCAAAAAUAUAACCAAGGAUCUCGAGAAGGUGAAACAAAACCUUCAUUUAAAAAAGCAAACAUAUGAGAAUACAUGCGACACAUUUUUCAGUAGAGUGUUACCUCAUCUUGUAAACACAAACACAGAUAAGUACUAUCCGGUAGGAAGUUUUGGUUUAAGACAACUUUCCAUGGGUGCAAUUCACCCUGACAUUGCAAUUUUAGAUAAACAUUACCGUGGCAUUAUACCUAAAGACUUGGACUCGGCUGCCAGGUGUUUUGGUCAAAUUUUGGAGAAAUAUCAAAAAGAUAAUCGCGGACCUACUGAAAAACCAAAGAAUCCAAUCCAGAGAUUCAUGGAGGAGAGAGGUGUCGAGUUUCCAAAAUUCAAGAACCCUCAAACUACGACGACUACAACUAGUUCAACAGUAACUCCCGCGAGUGCUCCUCCCGUACAGUAUAUGCCAACCUAUGGAUAUUAUCCGAUGGGACCAAUGCCAAUGCCGUAUCAAUUUAAUGCAUCGCCAUUAAUGAUGAACCAAAGAAGAAUGCCAGUAGGGUCUCCUUUGCCGAUGACGGUUUGCAAUCCGACGCAGUCCCCUAGUGUUGGGUGUACUGAGAUGGACACAGUAGGUCCUGAUGCAUUUGAUGAUGAGUCGGAGUAUAUUGCCUGUUUACCUCCAAAGAAGCGAAAACUGUAG